AUAAAUGCGAUUAUCUUCAUUCUGAAUCUAGGCUUAUGCAAUUCCAGAAGCACUAUAUAUAACUUACAAUCAUUCAUAUAAAAGGGCACUACCGAGUAACAUAUUUUCACAUCAAACUUGCAAUAAUGAACACACGAUCCUUUUUUACCUUUCUUUUCUUUUUCAUUUGUUUCACUAUUUCUCUUUCUCACGCACUAAACAAUGGUUUGAGUUUGAGUGUUGAACUAUUACAUCGUGAUUCUUCAAAAUCACCUCUCUACCAACCUACACAAACUAAAUACCAACGUGUUGCUAACGCCGCUCGUCGUUCUGUAAAUCGUAUCCAUCACUUCUACAAAAGUCCACUCACUAAAACACCUGAAUCAACCUUAAUCCCAGAUAAAGGUGAAUAUCUCAUGACUUAUUCAGUUGGUACCCCACCAUUUAAAGUAUAUGGUAUUGCUGAUACAGGUAGUGACAUUGUUUGGCUUCAAUGUAAGCCUUGCCAACAAUGUUACAACCAAACAUCUCCUAUGUUCGAUCCUUCAAAAUCAUCAAGUUACCAAAAGAUUCCUUGCGAGGCUAAUACAUGUCAAUAUGUGAGAGACACUUCUUGUUCUGAACAAGAUUCUUGUCAAUAUACCAUUGAGUAUGGUGAUCGAUCUCGUUCACAGGGAGAUCUUAGUGUUGAAACACUUACAUUAGAAUCCACAAUUGGUCAUUCUGUUUCAUUUCCUAAAACUGUGAUAGGAUGUGGAACACAAAAUACUGUAUCAUUUGAAGGUCCUAGCUCUGGGAUAGUUGGCCUUGGAGGUGGACCUGUGUCUCUAACAACACAAUUGGGGUCGGCAAUUGGUGGAAAAUUCUCUUACUGUUUGGUGCCAUUGUUGGUUGAAUCAAACACGACAAGCAAACUCAAUUUUGGAGAUGCGGCUAUGGUUUCAGGUGACGGUGUUGUGUCAACUCCUAUUGUGAAAAAAGACCCAGAAGUUUUUUACUAUUUGACUUUGGAAGCAUUUACCGUAGGAAACAAAAGAGUAAAAUUUGGUGGGUCUUUAGAAGAUGGUGGGGAUGAAGGUAACAUUAUAAUUGAUUCAGGUACUACAUUGACACUUUUACCAAGUGAUAUUUAUAGUAAUUUGGAAUCGGCUGUAGCAGAAUUGAUUGACCUAGAGCGUGUGCAAGAUCCAAAUAAUAUGUUUAGCCUUUGCUACAGUGUCACAUCUAGUGAAUAUGAUUUUCCCAUCAUCACUGCAAAUUUCAAAGGUGCAGAUGUAAAGUUGCAUUCUAUUAGUACAUUUGUUCCAAUUGCUGAUGGGAUAGUUUGCUUUGCUUUUACCUCAUCUGAAAUUGGUGCCAUCUUUGGAAACUUAGCUCAACAGAAUUUGUUGGUUGGUUAUGACCUUGUGAAAAAUCAUGUAUCAUUUAAGCAUACUGAUUGUACCAAGCUUUAGGCUUUUGUUUACUUGGCUCCUUGAAUUCAAAAUAAUAAAAUUUGCAUGUUAUUUCAUCUA